GUUCAACUGCAGCGGAAUGUGAGAGACAAGGUUUCACUUCUUAGAUUUAGGUUAGGUCAAGAGAGAUGAAUGAGAAUCGUGGGCUGAAUCCCGUAAAUAAACUUGAAGAAUGAAUAUGAUUUUAUUGAUGAGUUGAAAGAUGAUGAAUACAAAGGAAUAUAUCUUGUGAUGAUUAAAGAAUACGUAAUGCUUUUAAUCUAGUACAAAAGUUGAUAUAUGGAAAGAGAUGGCUUGUCUUUUAUCUUCUCCGUCUUUAUAUAGUCUAGGUUUCGUUGGCAACCCUUCAACUGUUCUCCUAGAUCUUUGGCUUCAAUUACGGAGCUCGCUUUAGGCUCCUCUUGACCGAGUCCCUUAAGGUGUUAGCUCACUUUCUGUCGUGACCUCUGCUAUGAUGUCUCCCAGGUCCAGUCGUCAGCUCGGCUUUCAGCUCCCUUUGUUAUGAUGGGCUUAUCGCAACCCACAUGCUAGCUCACGCUUAUCGGUACCUCACCUGAGGGUCAUAUUCGGGUCCAACAGUUGCCCCCAGCUUCCGAAUAAAAUCCUUUGUCUCGGAAGCUAGAAUCUAGCUAUCGAUCUUAUCUUUUCGUUAAGAUAAUGAUUAGUUCUUAUCCUAUUUAGAUUCAGCUUACUCGAUCUAACGGUCUUUAUUACGUUUGGCAGAAUCUAUGGUUCAGAUGGAGAGGGUUUGAAAUGACUUUUCCGAAUCUCGAGAGGUGAUGGGAUAUAAAGCGGUGAACAUUAACUGCUAGCCUUCCACUUUCUCCACGCCUCCGUUCGGUUUUCAAGGUAACUUCUCUCUCUUUGGAGACGAUGAUAUAUAUAUAUAUUUUCUUUGGAUUUAUUGCAGUUGGCUGGGGCUGUUAACAGGGCCCAGCUCAGGUUUGAGAAUGCUCUGUGUGCUGCCCCCAAUGCUGGUGAACUUGCUGAGGUUACCGAGAUGGUUAAGGCAGCCAAAACCGAUCUUGACCAAGCCCGGGUUCGAAUUUCUGAACUCGAAGCCGAAGUGACGAGGCUAGGCUCGAAGGCCGAUGCUCAGCAAGGAGAGAUCGAGAGUCAAAAGCUCGAUAUCCAGGUGAAGAGCAGGAGGAUCAAUGAUUUAGAGGCUGCUCGAAAGAUAGCUGAGCAUCAAGUACGUGAACUCAUUGCCUCAUCCCGGGAUAGCCAGAAGAACAAGGAAGCUGAAGUCAAGCUGGCUGUCAGGGAAGGGAAGAAAGAAGUCGCCGAAGCUUACGGCAAGAUCCUGGUCUGUGUUAAGGAGAAGUUUGCUAGGAAGAAAGAUGAGGUCGACGCUUUGGUGUACGCUCAGGAGCUCCAAGCUAAUGCCGACCUCUUGAAGGAUAUGCUGAACAACAAGAUCCAAAGCGUUGAAGAGGAGUACAACCAAUUGGUGGCCUUAUUACCAGAAGCGACAACUGCGUAUGAGAAGGCUCAAGUCUCUGACUUCUCGGUCAGCAAGCUUCCUCUUCCCCAGAUCUCGGAGAGUUCAGUCGAGGCAGCAAUAGGAGGUGACGGCAAUGUGGUCGAUGAGGGAGUUCCUGCCGGUGCUGGUGAUCCGAUUCAGGAAGAGAAGGAAGAUUGAGAGCUACGGCUCUUUUAACUUUAUGUUUUGUGUUUUUAAGACUUCGGCCUAAGGGCUUUGUUUCGUUAUGUUUUGUGACUUAGUGCCUGAGGAGGCCUUUAAACCUUAACGCUUGCUGGAUUUCAAUAGCCUGGGGAGGUUUUUAAACCCUUUCUUAUGUUUAAAUCGUGGCUAUUAUUUCUGUUUUAAGUUUUUGAACUUAACCUCGUUUCAUUUAAUCAUAGUGAUUGCGAAUCUCA